AAUAGCAACAAAAAAAAAUUCACAAUCACAUUUAGGGGCAAUUUAUAGUCUUCAACUAACCCAAGGAGAAUGUUUUUGGAAUGUGGGAGAAAACCGGCCUACCUGGAGAAAACCCAUGUAAGCAUGAGAACUUGUCACAUGAACUGUAAGGUGGAGGUGCAAACCAUUCAACCACCAUGCAGCCUUGGUUGUAAUUCCCCUUCAAAUGUAUUUUUAAUUGAAGGCCUCACUUGCUUUCUCGUGAUUUGCUGUCACACUGAGUCAUAUCAUGACAGCCAGAUCUGACAGGUCUAUAAAAAGCACAAGAGACUACUGAGCUGUGGUGGGAGGGCCCAAUCCAAUCGACCCAACAAUACUUUUUCACUUCUGCUUCUCUGGGGUAGUCGGGAGGCACAUGACCUGAGCCAGCCAAUGUUCAAAGUUCAUUCUACUUGUUGCAGAUUAGUGAGAGCAGGCACACAGCACAGCACAGCAGAGUGGAGUGAGCUUCAGUCAUGUUUUAGCAGGUCUCUGCUCGCCUAUGCUGCUGAUAUGGAAAUGUGGACACAGUAGGAACUCAGCUGGACUCCUACACGUCACUUUCACAGUUACCUGUUAAGAGUCACACAUGGCUCUCACACAAACACAGGAUGCCGGCGUAAAGGGUGAGAGGGUCAAUAAAGAAACAGGCGAGCUGAGUGCUUCAGGGGAGCUAUCAGUUUCUGCCGAGUUGGAUGUGAAGAAAGCGGUCGUCCCUUGUCGGGACCCUCAGCUCUCUGAUUUACUACGUGAACAACUGCAUCAACUUGACAUUUACCAAUGCUCAAAUUUGGACUGCAAAGAUCAUGUGGCCCCUUCAGAAAAGAACCAUGACCAUCUAGUCAGAGUCCUGCCUCUCUACAUACAGGUAUGUGAGGAAGGUGAAGGGCUUGAAGGGGUGGACCUAAAGGGACUUGCAGCUCUCACCACUGAUGCCUUCAUCCAUAACAUCCACAACAGGCUUACGGAAAGGCCAGCAGAAAAUGCCCGUGAGGAAGUUGUGCAAUUCUUCCAGAAAGAAGACGAACACACAAGCUGUUCAGGAUGGCUGCUGCUAAAAUCUCUCCUGCUGUUAACUGCUGAUAGCUCGGUGUCAUCUAUGAAUCCAGAGCUUCCUGCUGUUCUUGUCAAAUGUUUGUACUUGCUCGUGUGCAUCCCACCCAAGGAGGACUUAACCACAAAAGAGAGCUUUCAGGAGCCUCUAACACAGGUUCUCCUCCAACUAUGUAGGCAGCCAGUCAACGUGGAGCGACUGGUAGAGACCCAGGAGCUUCAGUGCCUUAUAAUUGGCCUUACCUCACUUUGGGACCAGACCAGCGUCUCGUGGAGGCAUCAGGCCUCCCGCGUCCUUAAGGUGGUUUCGGCUGUAGCUACGAGCAACACUGUUCCCAACCUACUUGCAAAGAACUGCAUUCGCAUAUGCAUCCAGAAUCUGUUACAUAUCAAUUCAGAGGCGGCUGGCCCGCUGUUAGCUGAGGUGGCCGUGGCUGUGUUCAGCUUCAUUCCAGACACAUAUCUUCUCAAUCCAGCUCUCUUCAUUGAGUUUGACACCCACAAUGGCUACAAGGCCCUCCAAAACAUUCUUAAACGUUGCGAAGGAGGUAUCUCGGAGGAUCAGUUCCACUAUGUGGAGGAACUGCUGGCGCUCAUUGCCUCCUUCACCCUGCUCGGCAAAACAGAACUCAAAGUGGCUCUUUGUGUCAGCCACCCUCAGCCUCCAGGCUUUAAAUUUGUGCCGCCCCUCAACAAAGGUUCAUCAGUUAAGAACAUGCCUGCCUUCUAUCUGCUGCAGGCAACCUUGCUGCAAUCUGAGGAUUCAUUGCUGUGCUGUCAGAUCUUAAGAACGGUACAAAUGAUUUGGGAGAGAGACAAAGCCAAUUUCUUCUUGUUGGAGUGGACCACCCAGACAAUGGCCCAAGUGGCCACAUGUGUGUGCCGCAAACCAGCAGCAGUCCAAACGAUGUUCUUCUCAAUGCUCGAAAUGGUCAUCUUCAAGCUUAACUACAUUCCCCAUGAGGCAUUGUGCAUACUGCUGGGCAUCUUGAAGCAGAGCUGGUCAGGGUCACUAGCUCCACGAGUGGUGGGAGCAGAGUUUGGAGUGGCGACUCUUACAAGUUUUCACAAGAUGACGGUGCACAGUGGCAUGCUGGCAGAAGUGCUAAGCGACGGGGGCCUCUUGGAGUUACUGCUCGGGGAGCUUCGCAGGAGAGCAAAAAUCAUCCGGAAGGCUGGAAUUGUCUCUACGUCUCAAUUAGAUGCAGAGCAGCUGCCAUGCGUAGAAGAUUGCGACAAGUUGCUGACGACUUGUAUGCUGCAAGUUGUGUCCGCUCUUACUCUGCGCUCAAUCAAAAACACAGUUUCAGUGCGAGAGCUCGGUAUGCUUCCUUACAUAAAGCUCUUCCUGGAUGAAGCUCAUUAUCGAGGUCCCGCUCUGUGCAUUUUGGAGCAUCUCGCCGAGCUGAACCCGGAGGAGUUCAUGAGCACCGCCAUAGGAGCCCUCUGUUCCUCCACACAACAAGAACUGGCUUUGAAGCGAGACCUGUUACAGUCUAUGUUGAACGUGCUGGAGAGCCCAAAUAGCUUGGACGCUUUUCGACGGGCCGGCGGCUUCGCUGGACUGCUCUCGCUCGUGCUCGAUAUGGAAGGCGCCCUGGCUGACCCUCCCCGAGGAGAAGUGUGGCGAUCCGUCGGUCAUCAACCAUUGCUCGACCUCCUCCUUCUCGCCCUCCAUAUCCUGGCCUCCGCCGUACAUCUGCACACGGUGAACGGGCACUUUUUUCAGACUGGCGGCUUUUACGAGAAGCUGGCUGAGGCUCUUCUCCAGCUGGGCUGCUUCCACUUGGAGAGGAGCAGGUGGGAGGCGGACGAGGGAUGCUUUAUCAAGACUGCAGAAGACCACCGGCCUCCUGGAAGAAGCUUCUAUCAGUUUGUUGAGUUAGCAGAAGAGGCGCCCUCAUGUCACUCCCUCCCAUCCGUCAAACUUUCCAUCUCUCUUCGGACUUGCAUCAGGCUCCUUUCCUAUCUUGAUCACUUUGCUACAGGCCUCUACUCUCCUCUUGAUUUGGAUUUUGGCCCAGAUCUGUGCGAUGCGGACCGAAAGAAACUAAAUGGAACGCCAGUGCAUGAAGGGAUGCAUUCAAUGUCGCCACCGAUCCACGUUGGACCAAUCCAGCAGUCGGUGGAGGACCUCCAGGGAUCUUGUAGAACCACAGGAACCAGCAUAUCAAAUUUAGAAUCCCAGUCGAGUAGGUUCACUUACGAUCAUGUUAUUCUUCACCCCGGAGCUAUUCGAGUCAUCAUGACUCUCCUUCCAUUCAUCUUUACGCCCGAGGACAUAGAGCUUUCAAUGGAGAUCCAGCUUGCAGUGGCAAACCAUAUUCAGUCAGCGGUCAAAUCGGAGCGGAAUCGUCAGAUUAUGUGCGAGGGGGGGCUUCUCUCGACACUCUUGACUCACUGUCACAGCAUGCUGCUCAAUCCAAAGGAUCCGUUGCAUCAAACUGUUACGCGGAUCUUCGAGAAGCUCUCCUCCCAGGCCAUCACACCUUCAGAAUUCAGGAAAUUUCUGUGUUUAGCAGACCCUCUUAUGAGUUUGGCAACCAAAGGUGGUGUGCCAUCAAAACCAGACUGGCCCGGAACAGGAGAAGUAGCUGAUCUCAACACAAAGACCGACAUAAUAACAGGGUCCUCAUCUAAGCCACUAAAGCGGACCUUCAGCCUGUUACAGUCUACGGACAGCAAAUCUUUUACUGGUUCCGCCAUUCCUGCCCACCAGAUCAUCAGUCUGGUAUCCAUGACAUCACCGCGCAACUUUCGGCCACAUCGGCUGUCCGCCACGCCGGCCUUUGUGGAGUUUGACAUGACCGAGAGCGGCUAUGGUUGCCUAUUCCUGCCUUCACUGGCAACAGUGAAGGGAGUGACAGCCGAUUCUAUCUCAACUGGUGGAAUAGGAGGAGACUGCCGGGGUUUCCCUCCCACAGCUGGGCUUUCCUAUUCCUGCUGGUUUCAGAUCAACAGGUUUAGCUCAGCGUGUGAUUCCCAACCAAUUCGAUUACUAACAGUUGUUCGGCACAUGUCGCGGACAGAGCAGCAGUACAUUUGUUUGUCUGUCUCCUUCUCGGCCUAUGAUGGCUGUCUGGUUCUUUCCACGGAAGAGGAAGCUUUUACUUACUUGGAUAUGAUGGAGUCAGAGGUGAGCACCCCAACCUCUUUGCCCACCUCGCUGAGGUUCCGUUGCUCCAGUUUACUGGUCCCGGGUCAGUGGCAUCAUCUCGUUGUCGUCAUGGCCAAAGAUGUAAAGAAGAGUUGCAUGGCUUCCGCCUAUUUCAAUGGCAAAGUAGUAGGAACUGGAAAGAUGAAAUAUAUUCAGCCCUUUCCUGGAAAGUGUGUCUCCAUGGACCCCACUGCUGUUAUUGAUGUGUAUGCAUUAAUUGGGACGCCCGCUUUUUGGAAAGACCAUGCCGCUCUGGUAUGGCGUAUUGGACCGUCUUACCUUUUUGAGAAGGCUUUGAGCCCUGAGCUAGCAGGCAUCAUAUACUCUCAAGGCACUGCCUAUCUGGGCAACUUUCUGGCUUUGUGCAACAAAGAUCCAGAAGCGGAGUCUUCUCCUCUCUGGAUAGUUCCUGAGGAAAGAAUUACAUUUGGCAUCAACCCAUCAGUUUCCACAUUAACAAAUGUUGUGCGCAUCAGAGAGAACUACAAUGAGGUGGACUGCAGAUUGAUUGCUAAAGAGCUUGGGAUAACCUCGAGAGAUCAGUCCACUCCAGUGUUCUUGGCUCAUAACAUCAGUCAACACCUGAGUGGCACCGCACGUACUAUUGGAGCAGCACUGAUUGGGCAUUUUGGUGUCCGCACAUUCGUCCCCAGAAGUGCCGCUGAUGCGUUUUUGUACGCGGGUGGGCCUUCAGUUGUCCUCAGUCUAAUCGCAAUGGCGGCAGACGACAGCUCCCUGUAUGCAGCGGUUAAGGUCCUUCUCUCCGUUCUGGAAACAAAUUCUGCCAUGCAGCAGGAAAUGAACCGCAUCUGCGGUUACAAGCUGCUUGCUUUCUUGCUAAAAAUGAAGAAAACUUUGGUCAGCCACAGAACUUUUCAGUUGAUUCUGUACCUCUCGAGCUCCAUGGAGUUGAGCUGUGGUUCGGACUAUCUGCAGAACCCAGCUGCUUUCCAGGCUCUGCUAUUGGACCUGGAGGUGUGGAAGAACACAUCGGAAAAUCUGGAUCUCUCAGUCCUGAACCACUUUGCUGAGAUCUUGAAGUCCCUAAGCAAGGAGAGCAGGAUUGCAGUGGUCAUGCACAAAAUGGGUGUUGUACCAUAUCUGCUCUUUGAGCUGUGUGACCCAUCUGUGACUUGUCAAAAAGUCAAGCUUGUUGCUUGUGUCAUCACCUGCCUCCUGAAAGCUCACUUCACUCCUUUGGAUAUAAGCAGAAUUGGACUCUUCCUCAUCUACACACUCCCUCCUCUUCAUAAUGAGGUUGAGAAUCAUGGCACGUCUGACUGUGAUCUUUCCCAAGAAACAAAAGUUCAAAAUUCUGCUCCCGCCAGCCUCAUCUGGAUCCGCAACCAGCUGUUGCUUGUUCUUUGUGACAUCCUUGGCUCAGACAGCCCUCUAAUCAAAGAUCAACAGAAUGCUGUCUAUGAUGUCCUGGGCAGCGAUUGGUUUCUGUUCUUCCUGAAGCCGCAACUUCACGCUUCCACUGUGAAACUGGGUCUCAUCUUGCUCACACGCUUCCUGUCCUGCCCGACGCAGCAGAGCAGCUUCAGGGAGGCGGUGGUUGUUGGAAGUCUCUUAGAUGGCAUGGAGCAGCCCUUUGCUAUUAUAGACAACCUUCGUGCUCACGCUUGGUCAUACGAAUGUUCCAGUGCUGCAUGCCCUGGUUUUGAUAUUCUUCAAGGUCUUCUGGUCAGACACUUUCAGCUGCUGCAGGUCUAUGAAGCUCUGGCUGCUCUGCUUCUGGGAAGGAGGGUCAGCCAUUCUACAGACAGAGAAGUGAACUUGGAUGACUCCUUCCAGUCAUUGAUCGACAGCCAAGCAGAUAGUCCUGCCCCGCAGCUCUGUGUGGAAGCUGCAACAUUACUGCUUGAAUUGGUCAAAAUCGUCAUCAAGCAACACCAACCAGGCACUGAUGCAUCAUGGGAGUCGCAGCUGCUGUCAAGCGUGAUGCAGUUCUUCUGCCUCCUGCAUAACCUUCGACCCCGAGACCCACUGUGGGUAUCCAUAGAGUUCCUCCACGCGCUUGUUAGUGUUAUGUUCCCCUGGUUCGGUGCAGAGGGUGACCAUGAGACGAGAAUAACCAAAUGUGAGGAUGAACUCAUGAUGCAGUCACCCAGCAAGCCAGUGUGUAACUUUAUCCGUAUUCUGCUGAUGGACAGUCUUCUCAAUGUGUCUUGCAACAGCAACACACAUCCCCUAGUGUUUCUGGUGGAGUUCUGCCCAGACGGUGCAUCGUUGGAGCAGAGGCAGAGUUUCCAGACUGAGCUGCUGAAGUUCAUGAUGGACAUCAUCUAUAUGCUCAGCAAUGAUAAAGAAAAUUACACCCACCUUAUAUCACGAGGGUCCAAAGGGCAGGGACUUGCAGACCAGAUGUGCACAUUGAUGGGUAAUGUGGUGCUCUUCAGUAAAGUUCUGGUGCAGGCACUUUACAACGGAACUUUCCUGGGGGCCUCUGAGAAUUUAGUCAACUUCCUCGCAGAUCAGAUUCUAGUGGCUCUGGAAAGAGGACAAACUCACAAGGAAAAGACAGUGUCAGCUCUCUACUCCUGCACAAAUAAGGCCGUGCUCUACUUCCUUUCCCAACCACGCCAUUCCAGAGCCCAGUUGGAGGGCAUGGUUAAGACAUUCCAAACAAUCAAUAAUCGCUGGGAUGUUCUCUUGGCAACAUACAAUUCAAACGUGAACUUUAUUACGUGCCUUCUUCAUUGUCUGCUAUUGAUUGGCUCUGGCAGUUACCCGGAAGGUUUUAUGUGUGGAGCCCAAAAAGUUUCAGGCAACUUCUAUCCCACCAAAACACAGCAUGAAGUGGACAUAGAAUCUGGGGCAGAAUAUUCCACUGAUGACAAAGAGCUGGUGUCUUUAGCAAAGGCCUGCUGGUCCAAGGUGAUGACAGAGCGACGGCACACUCUAGAAGCAGCGUAUAAAAUUGAGAUCUCCGUCAACCACACUGCUCAGAAGGCACCUGUGAAUAUGAAGGACAUCAGCCCACUGUGGGAGGAGAUCGCGCACAAAGCCUGGCUGUUGCACUCAGAAUACCAUAAGCAAGCGAUGGCCAGCAACCCUUUGAAGAAGUUUGAUAUCAUCAGCAGUGCAGUACGCUCAGCUAUGGGAAGGCAGGACAAGGAGACGGUGACAGUGGAGGAGUUUCUGUCGCACAUGCAGUCCCACCAGCAAAGGGGCAAUAGCAUGUUUGAGAAUAUGAGGACAAACCACUUGCAGUUACGAGCCAGUGAAUGGGAUCAGGUCAACUCCCAAUGGCUGUUUGUGGAGGGAGAGCUGUUGAGGGAGAGAGCCGUGUUUGGGCCGAGUCCGGGCGUGCUGCUCAGUCGUGACUGGGUGCAAGACGCCGCCGAAGGGCCCAACCGCACCCGACUACGCAUCCGCAGAAAGGAAUUGAGACGAUCCAGACGGGUGCUAGGAGCCCUCUCGCUGGGUUCGAGGAAGGUCGCGUCUGCAGAAAGCAACAGCAGGACAGAACCUGACAGUGAACCAAAGAGUCGAAGUGAAAUUGGCACCGAAGCUCAAGAGGAACAUGAGGAUGGAGGACAGGCUUGCAACCAGCUGACCUUCUUUCCUGUUUUGAAUGAAACACCUUCUGCCUCUAAAGACGGUGUGGACCGCUUCACCUCUGAGCCCUGCUCACACACGCAAACCUGCGCUGACAUUCGCAUCAUCUUGCAGGAGCUGCAUCACGGAGAGGAGGUCAAAGCAAAGAUGUGUGUUGUGAUGGUGAGCGGCCUCCAAGUGACUGAAGGGGUGCUGCUCUUCACCAAAGAAAGUCUACUCUUGUGCGAAGGAUUCACUCUGACUCCAUCUGGAGACGUUUGCUGCACCAAGCACCAUCCCAGCAGUGUGAGGGAUUCCUUCAUCUCCAGCAUGCUGAGUAAGGAAUCAACAUCAAGCUGCAGAAACUGGCUGUAUGAGGAUAUCAAGGAAGCCCGAUUUAUGCGCUUCUUGUUAGAGGACAAUGCCAUUGAGGUCUUCAUGAAAAAUGGCCACUCAGCCUUCUUGGUGUUUAUAAAUAAAGACCAUGUCUCUGCAUACCAACGGUUGUGCAAGGUGGUCUCAUCAUUAAAAGGCAGAGGCGUUGCUGACAUCAUCGCUAAUGCCAGGAAGACUCCCGUGGUUGAGAAGACAACCCUUGUUAAAUGGCAGAAAGGGGAGAUCAGUAACUUCGAGUACUUGAUGCAUUUGAAUACUCUUGGUGGAAGAACGUACAAUGACCUCAUGCAAUAUCCUGUGUUUCCUUGGGUCCUAGCUGACUACAAGUCCGAGACACUGGACCUGUCAGAUCCCGCAACAUUCCGAGACCUGUCCAAACCAAUGGGCGCUCAGACAGAGAAAAGAAAGCAGAUGUUCAUCCAGAGAUAUGAAGAAGCGGAGCAUAGUGAGGGUGAAGGAGGUUUGUCAGCACGAUGCCACUACUGUACCCACUAUUCUUCAGCCAUCAUUGUGGCCUCCUUCCUUGUUCGCAUGGAGCCUUUUUCUCAUACCUUUCAGACACUGCAGGGUGGGUUUGAUAUCCCCGAGCGGAUGUUUUUUAGUGUAAACAAGGAAUGGGAGUCGGCCUCCCGAGAUAACAUGAGUGACGUCAGAGAGCUGAUUCCGGAGUUUUACUACCUGCCGGACUUUCUGCUCAACUCCAACCACAUGCAGCUGGGCUGCAUGGCGGACGGAACCGCUCUGGGAGAUGUGGAGCUGCCGGCAUGGGCCAAAGAUGACCCUCAGGAAUUCAUUAGAAUCCAGCGUGAGGCUUUGGAAAGUGACUACGUGAGCGCACACCUCCACUUGUGGAUUGACCUGAUCUUUGGCUACCGACAGCAAGGCCCUGCUGCUGUGGAAAGUGUCAACACCUUCCACCCUUACUUUUAUGCCCAGAGAGGUCGGCAAGAUGCUAAAGAUCCGCUGAUUAGGAGCACAAUCUUUGGAUAUGUCAGCAACUUUGGCCAAAUUCCCAAACAGCUCUUCACUAAACCCCAUCCGAAGAAAGAAGUGCCAUCACCAUCUCACCCAAUUCCAUUUUUCAUCACUCUUGACAAACUCAAGACUAAUGCCCAACCGUUUCGAGAACUAGCAAGAGGUCCUGUGGGUCAAAUAGUGUGUUUGGGAAAAGAGGUGGUGAUCCUGGAGAGAAACCGACUCCUCCUGUCUCCUUCAUUGAGCUGGUCCUUCAAUUGGGGUUUCCCUGACAACAGUUGCACCUUUGGAAAUUAUACUACUGGAAAGACAUUUGCCGUGUGUGAGAGCUUAUGUGCCUGGGGGGCAACAACAUGUGCUGUCCGACCCAACCCAACGACCGUCAUCACUGCAGGAAGCAGCACUGUGGUUUGUGUGUGGGAUGUGUUGAUCAACAAGGACAAAGUCAGCCACAUGAAACUCAGACGGCCGCUAUACGGCCACACUGACGUGGUGACAUGCAUGACUGCGUCUGAGGUCCAUAGCUUAGUGGUGAGCGGAUCCGGUGAUCUCACUUGCAUCUUGUGGGAUCUGGAGGAGCUCAGCUACAUCACACAGCUGGUGGGACAUACAAGCAGCAUCUGUGCUGUGGCUAUAAAUGACCUCACGGGUGAGAUUGCGUCAUGUGCUGGGCCUAUGCUCUACUUGUGGACGAUGAAGGGUCAACUUUUGGCCUGCACCGACACUUCCUGUGGGCCUCGGGCUGACAUCCAUUGUGUCAGCUUCACACAGCGACAUGAGUGGGACGCCAGGAAUGUCGUGGUCACCGGCUGUGCCGAUGGCAUCAUACGGAUAUGGAGGAGCGAGUACACCAGAACACAAUUAACUGGCCCUCCAGAAGAGCUCGUGUCCCCAGGGCGAGACCCAACAGCGCUGGCAGAGAGCGCCGCGAGCAACUCGCAGCAGGUGAAACGUUGGAAGAGACGUCUGGUGUUGUGUCGGGAACUGAACAGAAGUCAGGCUGCGUCGCAGCAUCGAAGCAAAACUAAUCCGGCUAUCACAGCGUUGGCCGUGUCCAGGAGUCAUGCGACGCUGCUGGCAGGGGACGCCUGGGGUCGGGUUUUCACUUGGACCUGCCAGUAAGCUCAUGUGUGGCUUCAAUCUUUGCCUCAAGACUUGAAAAGUAGUGAACCUUACCUCGGAUGUGAAUAUUUAGUAUUGUACCUUUAUAUGUAAAUACUGACUUGCAAAUUGAAUUAAACAUUUGUAGCUAUUGGUGA